AUGGUAAUUACGAGAAGCCAGCAAGAGAACGCAACCACCGAGUACCCCUAUGGGAUGCCCCGAGACAAUCCUAGGCGACAAGUUAACCACAACGAAGAAGGGGAGGAAGAACUGCACACAGCUCGGUCUCCACCUCCCGAUCCGUCCUCGGCCAUUGAGCAGUUGAAGGCUGAAAUGAUGGAACUUAGGAGGCUGCGAGAGAGAGAUGCUCACGAGUUAUCAGUCCUGAGAAGGGAAAACGCUGAGCUCAGGAGUGACAACCGGUCUUGGCACCCAUCUCAUGAUCUCCCCAAUACCCAAUCAACAAGGGAUCAUGGGGAAUCGUCAGGAUGGUACAAAGAAACAAGGGACCUUAAGCCCCCCGCGGGAGCAACAACCACUACGCUCGAUCAGCAGCGACGACAAGGAAGAACCCCGUUUACCCCGGAUGUUGCUGGAGCGCGCCUACCAGACAAUUGGAAAAACAUGACCUUGGAGAAAUUUGACGGAACCACCGACCCUGAGGAACAUCUCGAUGCAUUCGUAACCCAAAUCAGUCUAUACACGGACGACGAAGCGAUCAUGUGCAAAGUCUUCCCCACCUCACUAAGGGGACCAGCUCUUAAUUGGUUCACAAGGCUUCCGCCCGGGUCGGUUGAUUCAUUCACAACCUUAUCAUCCCGUUUUGUGAUACAGUUCGCCACGAGCCGUCCUCAUCAACUUACGUCAAUCGCUUUGAUCAACAUACGCCAAGAAAAGAAAGAGUCUCUAAGAACUUUCAUGGAGAGGUUCGGAAAGAUGACCCUAUCCAUCCGCAACCUGGACCCGGCUGUGGCAAUGCAUCACCUGACCACAGCGUUACGAGGGUUUUAA